AUGGCCUCAGAGACCUGUAUGCCAGACCCCAUGUGCUUGAUAGAGAAUGUGAAAGGCCAACUGAGACCUAAUCAGAAAGCCCUGGAGAUCCUGUCGGCCAUCACACAGCCAGUGGUGGUGGUGGCCAUUGUGGGUCUCUACCGUACAGGAAAAUCCUACCUGAUGAACAAGCUGGCUGGGAAGAACACAGGCUUCUCUCUGGGCUCCACAGUGCAGUCUCACACCAAAGGAAUCUGGAUGUGGUGUGUGCCUCAUCCCCAGAAGGCAGACCACACUCUAGUUCUGCUUGACACUGAGGGCCUGGGAGAUAUUGAGAAAGGUGACGGUGACAACGACUGCUGGAUCUUUGCCCUGGCUGUACUUCUAAGCAGCACCUUCGUGUACAACAGCAUGGGAGCCAUCAACCAGCAGGCCAUGGACCAGCUGCAAUAUGUGACAGAGCUGACCGACCGGAUCAGAACAACAUCUUCACCUCAUAGCAAUGGGACUGAGGACUCAUCUGAGUUUGUGAGCUUCUUCCCUGACUUCGUGUGGACUCUCAGGGAUGUGACUGUAAGGCUUGAAGCAGAUGGACAAAGCCUCACAGCUGAUGAGUACCUGGAGAAUUCCCUGAAGCUCAAAAAAGGUACCAGCAAAGAAGAUAAAAAUUACAACCUGCCCCGACUCUGUAUUCGAAAGUUCUUCCCCAGGAAGAAAUGCUUUGUGUUCUAUCCACCCACUGAGUGGAAGAAGCUCUCUGAGCUUGAGAACCUGCGUGACAAUGAGUUGGAUUCUGACUUUGUCCAACAGGCAGCAGAGUUCUGUUCCUUCAUCUUCAGCUCUUCCAAGGCUAAAGCUCUCCCAGGAGGUGUCAAGGUCAAUGGAGCUCGACUAGAGAAAUUGGUGCUCUCCUACAUCGAUUCCAUCAGCAGUGGGGAUCUCCCCUGCAUAGAGAAUGCUGUCCUGGCCUUGGCAAAGAUAGAGAACUUGGCAGCAAUGCAAAAGGCCAUUGCCCACUAUGACCAGCAGAUGAGCCAAGGGGUGCAACUGCCCACAGAGACCCUCCAGGAGCUGCUGGAUCUGCACAGGACCUGUGAGAGAGAGGCCAUAGAAAUCUUCCUCAGGACUUCCUUUAAAGACGAAGACCAUGCAUUUCAAAAUGAAUUAUUGGCUCAGCUAGAAAAGAGGUGGGAGGACACCUGUAACAGGAAUGUAAAACUAUCAUCGGAGCUGUGCUCAGAGUUACUUCGGAACAUCUUCAGCCCUCUAGAAGAAGCAGUGACAAAGGGUGCUUAUUCUCAGCCAGGUGGAUAUCUUCUCUUUGUUGAGAAGAGAGAAGAGUUGAAGAAAAAGUACCUUAGGGAACCCAGGAAGGGUAUACAGGCUGAAGAGAUUCUGCAGGCAUACUUGCAGUCCAGCGUGGUUAUGGCUGAGACAAUUCUACAGAGAGACCAGGCUCUCACAGUAAAGCAAAAGGAGAUUGAAGCGGAACGGGUAAAAGCUGACUCUGCACAGGCCAGUGUAGACUUGCUGGAGGAAAUGGAAAGGAAGCAUGUGCAGAUGAUGAAGGAGAGAGAAAGACGUCAUGAGGAACGAGUGAGGCAGUUGACUGAGAAGAUGGAUGUUGAACGAGCUCAGAUAGUGAAGGAGCAAGAGAGGAUUCUGGCCCUUAAACUGCAGGAACAGGAACAACUGCUCCAGGAAGAGAUGAAAGAAGAGAGUAGAAGGCUUCAAAAUGAGAUUCAGGUUAUGGAAAAGAGAAACAAAGAGAAAGGUUGA